UCAUUGGUGGAGUCAGUGUUAAUUGAUGGGGCUAGUAUGGGUCCGUGAUGGGGUCAGAGCUGGAAUCAGUGAUGGUCGUUGAUGAGACGUGUCAUUCAUGCUGGGGAGGCAGAACCGGGUGCUGCGGUUGGUCAUGAGCCUGGGUUGCUUCCUGCCCUGCUGCCGCGCAGGCACCGAGGGCGCAGGAGCUGGCAGCCACAGCAGGUGAGAAGAAUGGGCUCCGGGUCGGAGGAGCUCAGCCUCGUCCCCCUGCACCGGAGGCCGGAGCUGCUGGAGGCGUGCGCCGAGCUGCUGGGCGAGGAGUGGGGCAAGAGCCGGGCGUCGCGGCUGCACAGGCUCCAGCGCUCCUCAGACGCCUUCCCCACGUGCCUGCUGCUGCUGCGGAGCCGCAGUCCCGCCGAGGCGCCUGCCACGGCCCCGGCUGCCCACGAGGGUCCCUGCCAGCUUGUGGGCCAUGUCCGUCUCUCUCGCGUGGCCGGCCGGCCCCGUGACCUCUUCGUGGAGAGCGUGGUGGUGGCCCGUGCGCUGCGUGGCCAGGGCUACGGGCGGCGGCUGAUGGAAGCCACCGAGCAGUGGGCGAGGGAGCGGGGCUUCGGCUGCCUGCACCUCACCACCCACGACAAGCAGCAUUUCUACGCCCACCUGGGCUUCGUCCUGGGCGAGCCAGUGCAGAAUGUGGCCUUCCUCAGCCCCGCCAUACCCACCGAGGUGCUGCGGCUCUUCUCCGCCCCUCCAAGCGCUGCCACCGUCACCAAGCCAAGGGUGCCUUCCACCUCUCCACCUCUCCUCCUGCCUCCUGCCGCCCCCCCGCCGCCCCCGCCACCCACUGUGGUCUGGGCGAGGGGGGUCCUGGCCGAGAGCUGCGGGCAGAACCUCCUGGAGACCCCCCACCGCGAUGCCAAAGGGCUGCCCAUCUUCUGGAUGAAGAAGGACAUCUGAGGGGACGGUGCCCCAAGCCGGUGAUUAAAAGCAGCGCUUGAGCGCUGCCUGAAUGCCUGCCGUUCUUCCGGGCUGGCACCAGCCUUCCUGGUUUGCCCUGGCGCUGGGGUGGGUGCUGGCUCUGCUCCGGCGAGGUUCUUGGACCACCAGCCUGGCAGGGAGCCAAGCCUACCCCAUACUGGGGUUGGCACUGGUCCACAAGCAGUGCCCAACGCCACCAGUGUUUCCUCCGUGCCGGGGACUCGCUGUGGGGCAGCUGGGGCUGAUGGCACAUCAGAUCCACCAGUGUGGCUGCUGCUCUCCCUGCUGAGCAGCCUGGGGAAACUGAGGCACACGGUGGCUGGAGGGGCAGCGCGGGGAGCAGCGCAGGGCAGAGUGGGUUGUGCUGUGACGGGGGCAGCUGGCCAGGCCCCUCCCCAGGGCCAGCAAGGGCUGGGAGCACAGCAGUGGGAGCGGGAAGGUCAGGGAGAGUGGGGAUUAGCGCUGUCCUUGCUGUGUCAUGUGGCCCCUCUAAUCCCCUGGUGGCAGCGGGCAGGGGCAUCGGGUGCCCUCUGGCUCUGCUGGGGGGGACAGCGCUGCCCCUCUGGCUCCACCACGUCUCCUGGUGGGUUCAGCCUGGGUACCCAGCCUGGCACGGCCCCACUAUGGAAUUGGGAAGAGAGGGUCAUGGUGUGCCUGUGCCAGGCAGGGAAAGGAGCCAGCAGGGAAGCAGGCACCAGGGUUGGUGGCUUGUGGUGCCACACCAGAGCCGUGCCAUGGCUGCGGUAGCACAGGCAGGGGCUCUGGGCACCAGGACGCAGCAGGCAGGGGUGUCUGAAAGCCCCAGGUUUGCUCAGUCCCAUGAGAUUUUGGGGUGGGUGGCACAUGUCUGUGGGGCAGCUCAGCUCCCGUGGACGAUGCAACCCACCACGUGCCAGGGCGGCAGUGCCAGCACGGCCAGGGUGCCCGCUGCCUGCCCCCCACCACUCUCCUUUCCCUGCAGGGUGCCGGCCUCGCAGGCAGCUGGGGACACA